AUGUCUCACAACUUUGAGAAGUCGGUGAAGGGAGCCACCAAGAUAAAGCUUGCGGCCCCCAAAUCCAAAUACAUUGAACAUAUACUUGUUGCGACUCAUACAGGAGAGGCAGGUGUUGCAGAGAUAUUUCGGACGCUGCAGCUCCGACUUCGCGACUCAACAUGGACCAUUGUUUUCAAAGCUCUUAUUGUUGUCCACUUGAUGAUAAGGGAAGGACAGUUGGAUGCUACAUUGCAGUAUAUGGCGGAGAACCCCAGAAGACUUGCCAUCAGUGGAUUCUCAGAAGUACAGUCGCAGGGCCAUAAUAUUCGAAGAUACUCCGAUUAUCUCAUCGCGCGUGCGCGUGCCUUCGAGGAUACAAAGACCGACUAUGUGCGAAGCGGACAAGGUCGGAUGAAGAGAUUGACAGUAGAGAAGGGACUUCUGAGGGAGACAGAAUUAGUUCAACAUCAGAUCCAUGCGCUGCUCAAAUGUGACCUUCUCACUGACGACGUCGAGAACGAAAUAUCGUUGACCGCAUUUCGCUUGCUGGUUUUGGAUCUCUUGACCCUAUAUUCCGUGAUGAACGAAGGAACAAUAAACGUUCUUGAGCAUUACUUUGAAAUGUCGCGACCCGACAGCGAACGUGCGUUGGAAAUAUACAAGACAUUUACGGUCCAAACGGAAGAAGUCGUGAAGUUUCUGGGAGUUGCCAGGCAUUUCCAGUCUGCGACGCGAUUGGAGAUCCCUAAGCUCAAACAUGCUUCUACGGAUCUUACGCGACUUCUGGAGGACGAUCUCAAUGACCCGGAUUUCAACCUUCGCCGGCGAGAAUAUUUGGCACGGAAGCAAGGGAAGAGCGGCGGAACUCCUCCGCCUGUGAGUAAAACUGCGACAGGCGAUAGGGCCGUGAGCAACGCGAACAAUAUGCCGGCACGGCCUCAAACCCAGCCGAAUCCACAGACACAGAAGUCAAACCAAUCGGACCUUAUCGACUUUUUUGAUUCAAUCGAGCAGAACCAACAGCCGAUGGCCCAGACCAAUCCGUUCCAGCAAGCCCAAUUACAGCAGCAACCGCAGGCGAUGCAGUUCCAACAAACCGGGUUCCCACCGCAGCAACAGGCCUUCUACGCGCAACCGACGGGCUUCCAGCAGCCCCAACCUACUGGGUUUGACCAACAAGCGGCGUUUGGAAACCAGUUUGCGCCGCAGAAUAUUCAGCAAUUUGGCCAGCCGCAGCAGCAGCAGCAGGCACCCCAACCUCUUCAACCCAACCACACGGGGGCCGGAUUUGGUGGUUAUUCGGCGCAGCCCCAAACAUACGGUUUCCAGUCAAACCUCGCUCCCAUCCCACAACAUGACAUGAGUGCAUUCUCCCAGCAGCAACAAAUGCCAAUGGCCCAGCAGCAGUUGCAGCCACAGUCAACCAACCCCUUCAGACAAUCGAUGUUAAUGAGCACGCCGACCGGAUCGGCCACGCCUGCCACUCCCCUUAACCGUCAGAAUACGAACCCCUUCGCACGACGUUUAUCAACAGUCAACCCGCAGCUUGAUACCGGUGUUCCUCAAGCCUACCCGCAGGUGCAGCCGCAAGCGCCCCAACAGCCAGCGCCACUUCAAGCCCAGCGGACGGGAACUAACCCGUUUGCCCGUGCUUCCUCUGUUCCCCCACCGCAGUCCCAGGGCCUGCAACCUCCUGCUGCGGCUCCUCUACGACCAAACCCGACGGGGAGCACGAAUCCUUUCCGCCAGAGUGCCUUUGUGAACCAACAGACGGGCCAAGGGUGGCAUGUCGGCGGGCAACAGGGCACAAUGGGAGGCUUGGAGCAACUAGACACGGUGCCCAUAUUCCCGCGACCGGGGCUAUCAUAAUGGUGCUUACAAAACAUUUUGAUCUCUACAACACCACACGAAAACAAAAUAGUGUGUUAGAACAUAACUAUUCCUCCUUUCCUUUUAAUACUCUUUUAUUGACUUGCAUUGGG